GAACGUCCCUUUCUACGCUCGCCGUGGCUGCCGAAAAAGGGGCCGAAGAGGGGAAGAAAGGAAGACAUUGGGAGGUUCCAGAGACAAAAUUUAGCACAUCUUUUUUUAAAAAACAUACUGUAUCUGAACAUUUUAAUUUCAAGAGUAAUCAAUUACCUUUUUUUUCUGGAAAAGGCCCAUAAACUUGGUUAGUAUCUAUUAAAUUUCAAAACUUCACCUUUAUGCUUCUUCAAUUCUCAGGUGUGCAUUUGCUUCUCCCCAAAAGGAUACUAUUUUACUUAUGUAUCUUAAUGUUCCAUUUUAUGUGUUUUUUGAGACCAAAAUCACGGUCUAUUCGUUGAAAAUGUACUGGGUCCGGGUUCAACAGUGCGCCAACCACGGAGAUCAGCGGCCCUGCCGAGAUCAAUCGUAAAUAACACUUUGAAUGGUGUCAUGUCGUGGAGCACAAUUCCUGCGUGCAGCCGCCGUGAUGGACCAAAAUUGGUACUCUUACUACCUUCUUCCCCGUUGACUCUGCAUUUCAUGGUACGAAUUUAAACCUUAUUUGGCACAGAUUACGGCUUUUCAAUUUGUCGGCUGAUACUCUGUGUUGCAUGGGUUCAGCUCAGGUUUAGGGGUCAAGUUUUAGAUUUUCUAGGAAUAGCAUAAAAGUGGUCAGCUUUUAUCACUCCAUUGUUGUUUUGAAAAGGAUUAUUUUAGGAGAUAAGAGAACAAUCAUAAAAUUGGAUACAGAAGUUUUAAGGAAAAUCUAUUGAUUUGUUUUGUAAGAAACCCAUGUCCACUUCUAGAUUUUAUAUAGAACACAUUUGAUAAGUUAGAUUUCAAUUUUAAAACUUUUAUCACACAUUUUUAGAGGUGUGGAGUAUACGAUGUAUAUUUUUUACACACCUGGAAUUCUCUUCCUAUAGUAGGCCUAGGCCCAAUGGCCUCUGUGAAUGAAGUGUAAUAUUUAUCAUAACAAGGGCCCCGACUAUUAGGCCCUGUUUGGCCAAGCUAUUUAAAAGUGAUUUUUAGCUGAAAAUCACUUUUAGGUCCAAUAGAGUGUUUGGUAAAGGUAUUUUAAAAAUCUGAUUCUGCUUUCUACAAGUUGAAAACUGAUUCUUCAACUCCCAAAAGCAAAAGCUAAAAAAACCUGCUUUUCAAAACAGACUCUCGUACAAGCUGAAACCCACUUAAAUUUUUUUAUGAAAAUACCGGAAUUAUCCUUAAACAAUCAACACAAUUCUUUCAUGUCCUUUUAUAAUUAUAAUACUAUCUCUCCCAUUACUCUUUCCCAUUACUCACAGCCAUCUACUCUCAAAAAAAAAAAAAAAAAAAACACUCCUCUCCUCUCUUCUUCAUCUAAUCACUUUUCUCUCCUCUCUUCUUCAUCUCUCUCCCCUUAUCCUCUCCGGCGACGUCUUUUUCUGCCAGCGAGUUUUUUCUCCGGCGAGUCUCCGACGAAUUUUUUUCCGACGAACCUCCAAGGGUUUUUAUUUUAGAAUGAGAGGGAGCUGGAGAUGGUCAGGGAGAAGGAGAGGGAGCUGGAGAUGGACCUCAACGUGCUCCUCCCCACAACUGAAUGGGUACAAGCUUGGGUGCAUUGAAGACGUGGCUGCUGCGAGACUGGGUGCUAACAACGGUACUCCUAGCAUCGACAAACCAAAGAUUGACAGGCGGGGGAAGAGGGUCGUAAAAAGGGUAGCUUGGGCGGAUGAAGUAGGUGGAACUUUAUUAUCGAUCCGGGAGUUCCAAGAGGAGUCCGAGCUGACACCAACUGGGGUAGGGAAGGGCAGGGUUCGAGAACUGGGGAGAGAAGUUAAUGUCAAGACUUUGAGAGAGAAGAUAGGCAUAUCUUUCCAGGGAUUCGAUAAGAAAGGUAGAGGCAGGGUUGCGGGUGACAGCGGUAGCUCUGCAUUUACUGUGGGUCGCUCUUAUAAGGAGGCUCUGCUCAGGGACAUCAGCACUCUACCACCCAAGACCCCACCCACCCCUUGGCUCUCCGGGGAUCGGCGAAGUAAGCAACGUUUCGAACGUAGCAGCAACUCCAGAAGGUGUUUCAGGUGCUUGGCUUCGGACCACCUCAUCGGGGAGUGUCGCGACCCGGUUAAGUGCCUUCGGUGUCGCAAAACCGGCCAUCGGGCUUUCGACUGCAGGGAGCCAGACUCUCGAAGUAAGGUCAGUAUGAAUAGGGCCUUUCGCCAGCGUGAGCGAGUUCCGAAGGUGUACGUUCCGUAUACGGAGGAGUAUCUAAGAAGGAGAGAGUAUCGCCGGAACGCGGUGCUUGCGGAUGUCAUCCCACCGGCCAACUUGGGUUCGGACCCCCUACAAACCAUUGCGAGCGCUUUGGCUCGUCGUUUCGGCGGAUACACGCAGGACUUCGCUGUCGCUCGAUAUCGUGAUCGAGACUACGCUAUCUUCCUUCCGGAAUGGGUUUCUGCGGAAGUGCUGGCUCGAAGGGAGGUCCUCACCCUUGAUGGGUUCUGGAUCAGAUGCUAUGAGUGGGGACAGUACCGGACUGCGAGACCACACAGAGUCUGCUUUAAGGCUUGGAUCCGGCUCAUCAAUUUACCGUUCGAGUGUUGGACGGUCGCUCGUGUCGCCGCUCUAGUGGGAGGGUUCGGUCGGUUCAUCAAAGCUGACGAUACAACCAAGGCGAUGACCGACCUCCGCGCGUUUCGGUGCCAGAUCAACCUUGAUUCUCUCCGGGAAAUCCCUCAGAAUUUAUCUAUUGUGCUGGGAGAGGAGAUCUUCUCAGUGAUGGUGCAUCUGGAGAGUUGGGAGCGGGUCGCGGCUGGCAAUGGAGGCGAACCGCCGGCACCUCCAAGAGACGGGGCUGAGAUGGGGAACCAGGACCCUGGUCCUGGUGACAGGAGGGGUCGCGCCCAGGGUAACAACGGCCAAGUUCGGGCGGACGAGGAAAUGGGAGAAGGGGCCGGGGAACUCGUCGACGCCGGUUCGGUGAAUUCUGUUAACAGGGUCCUGUCGGCUUCGUCGCUUCCGCGAAUAUCGGGCAGCACGUUACCUUGGACGGCGUACGGAUCUCACCGGAGCAGAUCUCACCGGAGCACGCCCGAGGACGGAGGGGGAGCGGUCCGUUGGGUGGAGCGUCUCGGCACAGUGCGCGAGGCCGCUGCUCCGAAACCCGAGACUCGCGAGGCCGUUGCUCCGAAACCCAAGACUCGCUCUGGGAAGGUCGCUGCCCCGCUGUUGGAGCAGGCGGCGCGGCGCCACCUUGUCCCCUUCCCCAAGAUCUCCUUCCCUGCGCAAUUGAUCUCGGACCCGCCUCGAGCCUCGUGCAGAAAAUCAAUGAUGGCGUCGAGACAGGAUGGCGGCAAGGCAUUUAUUGGGUUUGGUCAACUCUCGGGGAUUACCAAACCCAUAUUGCUUUUCUUUUGGUGGUCAGGGUCUCACGUGAUGCUACUCAAGUUGGGGGGAAGCCCUGUAGCUCUUUUUGGACCGACCUUCAGGGCCCAACUACCGAAUCCAUUCUGGGCUUCACUUUUGGGGCCGGUUGCGGGCGUCGUGUCCUCUCUCCACCUUUCUGGUGGCCUGUCGCUGCGAGCCACGGUGGGAUCUACUGGGAGUCGAUUAACCCAGCGGACAGGCCUGUCCGACACAAUUGACGCGGGUGGGGUUUUAUUUCAGGAAGCUAUGAGUGGUGUAAGCAACAGGUUUUCUGAAGAUCUCGAGGAUGCCCUGUUGAUGGAGAGGGAUGGUACGACGCACAGUCUUUCCUAUCCCAACGAUGCCACUGUUGAGGAUCCGCCGGUAUGGUCGCGUGAUGUUGUGGUGGCGGGUAAACUCGAUAGAGGGAUCGGUAGCAAUUGUGGGAUCGGGGACGGCCCGCGUACCAGCGCACGCCUCGCGACAAGGGAGAAGGGGUCCAUUCUUUCCAAAGCUAUUUCCAGGAAGGCAAGACUGAGGGGUGGUGGCGCUAUUUUCGUGGACGAGCUAUCUCCUAGGAAGAUAAUUCAGAAAAGUCGGCUGUGCGGAGUGAUUUUGGAUGGAACUGAGGCAGCUCACCUUGCCCAGUUCAUGAAAGAUUGUGCCUAAGUGGGCCGCGUGGUGUGUAGGGAGUGGACACCUUUUGGGUCUUUUUUGGGGGUUGGUGUCUCUUGUUUGUGAUGUUAAGGGUUUUAUGUUGGAAUGUUAGAGGGCUUAAUGACCCUUCUAAACGUUUUGUGGUUAGGGAUGUAAUUUCGAAGGUUCGUAAUGUUAUUGUGUGUCUCCAAGAAUCGAAAGUUAACCACGUUUCUGGGUCUUUCCUUCGUAGCUUCGCCGGAUCUUUUCUUGACAAACGUGUCUAUAUCGAAGCCAACGGGGCCUCGGGGGGUUUGAUUACUUGCUGGAGCUCCCGCAUUUUCUCCUGCCAGGAAGUUAUUGUUCGCCGCUAUUCCAUUACUGUCCUUUUAACUCUGCUUAGUAACGGUGCUAGACUCUUCGUGACUAAUGUUUAUGGACCGGCCACCUGGGAUGGAAAGGAGGAAUUUUACUCGGAAUUGUUGCACUUGAAAGGUAGUUGUAAAGGGAAGUGGCUGCUAUGUGGGGAUUUUAAUAGCACGCGAGGCCAAGAAGAGCGACAAGGGAAGACAUGGAGUGCGCGAGCAACUGAGUUAUUCAACACACUAAUUAGGGACCUGGAACUCCUUGACCUCCCUAUGUCUAACCAAAAUUUUACUUGGUCCAAUAUGCAACGAAGCCCGUCGCUUGCUAAACUGGACCGCUUUCUUGUCUCGACAGAUUGGGACCAGGAUUUUCCCCUGUCGAAGGUCAGCGCUCUCCCAAGAGUGACUUCGGACCACUGCCCCAUUCUACUCUCAAUUGACAGAGACAGCCCC